AUGUCAUCGGAUCAGGAAAUAAGUCAAUUUUUGCAUCUAGCAGUUUCCAAAAAAGGCAAGGCUAAACCAUCCUCUCAAGUUGUCCCUUCGUCAUUGUUACAUUCCGUAAAAAUGCCUUUCGAUGCGGCAAAGGCCGAUGCUGUCAACGGCGCAAAGCUCUUCAAAACCCGUUGCGCCCAAUGCCAUACAGUCGAGGCAGGAGGAUCAAAUAAAGUAGGGCCAAAUCUUCACGGCCUUUUCGGCAGGAAAUCUGGUCAGGUUGCUGGUUUUUCGUACACUGCCGCCAAUCAAAACAAGGGUGUAAUCUGGAACGAGCAAACUUUAUUUGAUUAUCUCGAGAAUCCCAAAAAAUAUAUCCCCGGAACUAAGAUGGCUUUCGCCGGAUUCAAGAAGGAACAAGAUCGUAACGAUGUUAUUGCUUAUUUGAAAGAUUCAACCAAAUGA